AUGAUCAAAAUCAAGUUGGUUAUACUAUACGGGGUCGGAGUGGUGACGUUCUUGGUCCUCCUAUUUAUCACCUACGAAGCUGACCAAUUUUUAAUCAACAACGUGGCUCAGAAGGCCUUCAACGGCAGUUCAAACCUGUCUAGAUUGACACCACUUUCUGAUGUCGAAACGGCCGAGUGGGCCCUACACAAACCGCCGGCUGCCUUCCCAAUUUGCUCGUACCAGGAACCCUUCGACCUCUCGUUCUGCCUUCCAACCAGUGAGAACAGUAGUGGGGAAACCGUGGAAGGGAAGUGCCAUCCAGAAAAGCAAUUAUUUCCCACUCGUGGCAACAGAUGCAUUUCCUAUGAUAUGCUUCAGACAAUGCCUGACAGCGUUUUAUCCACGGCCCGUCGUCCAGCCAUAUACUCGGUCUACCCACAGGAUAUUCCCCUUCCGAUAGUUGUACAAGCCGUCAAAAACAACAGGCCAAUCCCAGUGGUAUUUACCUUAUUUGCUAAAAUGCAGUACAUUAGUAUCAUACUAUUUUACCGAUAUAUGUAUAUAUAGAGUAGGUAAGCUAACUCAUGAAAAGUCAAAGGAAAAUACGAAAUGCGUUUUGAUUUCGAUAAGAUUAAAUAAACAGGGUUGUAAAGCUAAUCGUGAGGCAUCGUAAUUAUAUAAAAAAACUUCGUUUCGGCUGCAUCCAAAAUUAUACUCCGUAAAAAAUCCUCUUUAAUUAGCAUGCAUUUUUCUUACCGAUUUUCGAGUAUCUUAAAUAUCUGACUAUUUUACAUAUCCAUCGUAUGUAAAACUACUCAUUAUUUUGCUCAAUUGGUAGACGGUUACGCCUUCUGCCAAUUUUAUAGUCGAAAGAAUGGUAUAAUUCGCUUUUUACAAACUUUUUCAAUGUCCGAGUAAUUUUUAACCCGACCUGCUGUUACUCUUGGAUCCAGGAUUUCUCAACUGCAUGCCGUACACUUCUCUGCGGCAAGAAGAGGAGACUAUAUGGGGUUAAUAAAAUAAAGUAGCGAAUUAGAGCCAUAUCGUUAACUUUACAAGCAACAUUGGUAAGUGCAGAGAAAUGACGUUUUACCAACGGCCAUUUCACGGUAUUAAAAAGUUCCUAAUUAGAAACUUUUUAAACUCGAAUUAUACCCUUUCCUUCGAGCAAAUAAUUUAAAGAUGUACUUUUCUGACAAAUGAACAAAAAAAGAAUAGGUUUACGCAUGUUUCUCAUGAAACAUAUUUGAAUGUUUAAAAGCAUUCAAAAUCAGCGAGAAAAAUGCACGAUUUGAAGUGGUCAUUUUUACGGAGUAUCGUUUUAGCAUUUAGCGGGAAAGACGUUCGUUUGAAAGCCGUCAUCCUAAGGAAACUGGAUUAUUAUGGAAUCACGCUGCAGGCUGACCAGUAUUACAACCAUGUUUAAUCAAUCUUUUUGAAACUAAAACGCAUUUGCAAAUUUGAGUUGACGUUUCAUGAGUUAGCCCACCUACUGUUUGUCAGGAGUACGGUAUAAUACCUCCGCUAUAUAUAUGCAGAAUGGUAUUGCCGAAAAAGACAAGGCGACUGGAAUGGCCAUUUCUGGUUUAUUGGCCGUCGUCAGCCAGCUACCCAAGCCCGAAGUGUGGAACACCCGAGCCUCGAACUCGCGACCUGUUGGUUUAGAAGUCAACACCUCUACUCACCGGGCCACGAGCCCGUUGCCUUGUCGGUUUUCGAUCGGGAAUAUACAAUGUUAGGGGGCGCUCACCGAUCGUUCAUACGGAACUCACUCGUUCCGUUGUGCCUUAUGGACACUUUCUCGAGCCCAAUCAGCAGCCGCACAGCGGCGCAUGAUAUAUAGGCAGAAUGGUAUUGCCGACCAAGACAAGGGAAACUGGAAUGGCCCGGUGAGUAGAAGUGUUGACUUCUAAACCAACAGGUCGCGAGUUCGAGGCUCGGGGGUUCCACACUUCGGGCUUGGGUAUGGCUGGCUGACGACGGCUAAUAAGCCAGAAAUGGCCAUUCCAGUCUUCCUUGUCUUUUUCGGCAAUACCAUCCCGCCUAUCUAUCAUGCGCCGCUGUGCGCCUGCUGGUUGGGCUCGAGAGAGAGUCCAUAAAGCACAACGGAACGAGUGAGUUCCGUAUGAACGGUCGGAGAGCGCCCCCUAACAUUAUAUAUAUAUAUGCAGAAUGGUAUUACCAACAAAGCCAAGGGUGACUGUAAUGGCCAUUUCUGGCUUACUAGCCGUUUUCAGCCAGUCAUACCCAACCCCGAGGUGUGGAACACUUGAGGCUCGAAAUCGCGACCUGUCCACGCCUCUAAUUACUGGGCUACGAGCCCAUUGCCCUAUGUGUGCGUUUGUGUUCGUGCGUGUAUCGCAUACAUUUAUACUUUAUGCAUACGUAAGUGAAUCGAUUUCGAGGCGCGCAGACUUGAAAUAAACAAACAACGCUUUUGCAGAAAAUGUGCCAGAAUAUAUCCUCCGCAAUGUUGGAAAUGGUGUAUUUUUAGAUGAAAUCCUCAUCGCAGCACCACAGCGCAUACCAUUGUGAUAAUUGUUGUGGCGUAGAAUUAAAAUUUUCAGUUGUGUACUGAUUAGAAGCCCUUUUCAGCCCGCCUAAACGCAACUACUCCUCUUGAAAUAAAUAUUUUUUUCGUUUAGCGCCCAUAGGGUACUUCCAUGGCUACGAACAUGUUAUUUAUUACGAGUUUAUAACGGACUGCGAAAUCAUGUCACUCGCUACAUUUUGAAUGCGUUCACAUAGGAAUACGUGUGGACAGGUAAUUGGGUCCCAAUCCAACCUUUUACAAUGGCAAUUUCAAUAGAGACUUUCAUGAAUAGAAUCGAAUACUCUUCCAGUAGCCACACCAUAGGCCCAGUGUGUAUCCAAAGAUACAUUCUUGUUAUCUGUAGGCGCACAUUUUAAACCUUAAAAGUACGAAAGGCCACGUGAUCCCUUUUGAGGCAAUUGUUUCAUUGGCUGAGAGGUAUAUAAACGAAUGAGCGAAAUUUCUCUUUCAAGUCAAUAGAUAUUGCGCAGCAAGCAACCUCUGACUAAGUCUCGUCUUAAUCCCCAUUCGCAUGCACAACCUUCUAGCAUGACCGCAUGGAAAAUUUACAUCCGUCACACGGCUGCUUUGCAAAUGAGUUAAGUGUCGUUUGCGGCGACUCAGGAUCUAGAGCAAAUCGCACGCUUAGGUUUGCUUCUACGUAGAUAUGCAAACGGGCCGCGAGCAAGGCCGCACAUGAAGCAAUCGUAUUGCUAAACAAAUAUGUCAAACGCCCCUCCCCCUGCGUAUGCUAUACUGUACUGUUAUGCGGAAAGAGGUAGCCCGUCAGAGGAGGAUGCGAUGCCUAAGACAGCAAGUUUACUGGCCCAUCCUCAGGCGACAAAAACAUGUAAGGGUUGCAGAGGCACAAAGACUGCAGCAUUAAUAGUACGCAGCCCCCUUGACACGAAAUGCCUACUAUACUUAAUACCUCUCGCGAUCACCGCCGUAAAGCAUGCGAUCGUCUCACAUUAUGUGUUCAAGGGCGAAUCCAGAGCGUCAGGCCAGCAGACCUUUUGUUCCAGUGAUCGUAUCUUCGUGUUCGCACUGCCUGCUUGAACUCGCUUGUUCGCAUCUACCGGCAAGGCAACCCAUGCUAGUGCUCGAAGGGCGCUAACAGGAACUUUACAGUCCUGUCAGGAGGCUGAAGUUGAUAUUACUUUAUUCAGUCACGAUUUGGCCCAUAUAUCCUGUUGAAUUUUCAGUAAUUUCUCCAAUGAACCGCGAAUAUCACCCCAGGAAGAGAAUGCGCAAUCGCUCGUAGAAGUUGAGUCUCGUUUAUUAAUCCUAAAAGAGGACAUACUAAGAUGCAUAUCUUCUCAUUAAUUUGCUGGGGACUCCUACGUUCCUUUCAAUGGGUCAUAAACCUUCUAAGAUAACUAAGGACUAUUUCCUAAAUCUGAAAAAACCCAGUAAGACAGGCGGCUGACCAGGUUUAGUGGUCGAAAAUGGUGGUCAGGGCCUCCAUUUACAACAAGCAGCUAUAAUCAAGGGAGGUACGCAUUUCUUUGUCUUAAUUACAACAUCGACACGCCCCGGGGACAAAUAUUUCACUGUUUAACCUUUUUAUUGAAUGUAUGCGUGAGAAGCCUAACACAGGCGUGGCUCGAAUAGGUAAAGUUCAAACAAUGCCGGCGAUUACGCCCCCACAAAUCGCCAGACGUCGUUUUUGUGCUUCUCAUUCCAGUGCAAAGCGUGGGUGUGUGUUGAAAGACAUCGAGAGGCAGAUGUUGCUUAUGUCACCGCCGCCAUCUCGAAACGACCGCUAUUCGGUUUGACCUUGAAGACGAAGUUGACACAAAACUCAGGAUUUCCACCCACUCUGGACUCGAUCCUUAUGCAUUGGCAAUUCUCAAGCCUUGCCAUUGCAGCCGCGGGUAAGAAUUCAACAGAGACUGCCAAAUUUUCGCAGCAACAUAUCAGUUUGGAUAGAUACGACUCUGGUAAGCGCAUAUAUUUACAAAAUCAAAAAAAUCGAAUUUAUUUCACGAUAGAAAAUAAAGUUAUCACGGAUAACGAGAGAUGGCAAUGGGAAUAAGUACCUGUGAAUACGGGAUCGGGAGAUUUCUGAAGCAACAGCGCAAAACUCAAGCCGUCUCCACUUAAUUUCACUUAGACCUAUUAAGGAGUGGUUUUUUUUCAUUAACCUGUUAGUCAGCGACUCAUACAGUGGGUGGGUUAAGUCAUGAAAUGUCAACAGAAAUUCCGAAAUUCGUUUUCAUCUCGACAAGAUUAAUUAUUCAGGAUUGUAAAACUAAUCCUCUUACAGCAUAAAUCUAUAAUAAGUCAGUUACCUCAGCACGCCGGCUUUCGCACAAAGGUUUUUUCGGCAGCAUCCCAACACCAUUCCCUGCAAAAAUUGAAUACUUAUUAGCAUGCAUUUUUCAGUGAUUUUCGUUGCUCCUGAUGAUUCAAAUGUAUUUCAUGGAAAUCAUGCAUAAAGGUCAUCAUUAUUUUGCUCAUUCAGUUCAAAAGUACGUCUUCUUUCAGUUUUAUGCCCGAAGGAAGGGUAUAAUUCGGUUUUAAAAAGUUUUCAAUUGUGAGAUUUUUUAAUACCGUGAAAUGACCCUUCAAAAAGUGUAAUGUCUCUGUAUUCAACAGUGUGGCUUGCAAAUUUGAAAAUGUCGCCAAAUCCUCUGCUUUAUUUUCUAAACCCCAUAUGGUACCAUCUUCAUACGGCAAAGAACUGUAUGGUUUAUCGAACGCAGUCAUUUUACGGUUUGUGGUUUGGGAACCCAGAAUGAAAGUGGGUGGGGUUCAAAAUUAUUCGGGAAUUGGAAAAUUUCUACAAAACCAGAUUAUACCCUUCCUUCGAAUGUAAAAGUAGAAGGCCUAAAACGUAAUUUUUCACAAAAUAAGUCCAAGAAUGGAUAUUUUUAUGUAUGUUUUCUAUGAAAUAUACUAAUUUCAUUAAGAGCAUCAAAAGUCACCGUAAAAGGCAUGCUAUAUGAGUAGACACUUUUUUUACUGAGUGAGAUAUUUGAAUGCAGCCGAAAAGAAGUUUCUUCGAAAGCCGGCAUGAUCUACGGCGGUGAUCGCGAGAGGACUUGAGAACAGUACGCAUAUGGUGCCAAGGCGGUUGCGUACUAUUAAUACUUAGUCUUUGUGCCUCCGAAACCCUUGCCUGUGUUUUUUGCCCCCGAGAAUGGGUUCAAGAAGUCAGACAAGUAGAAUUGCUGUCUUAGGCAUCACAUCUUUCUCUGAUGGGCUGCCUUUUUUCGCAUAACUGUGCAACACAACAUACGCGAGGGGAGGGGCUUUUGACAUAUCUGUUUAGCAAUACGAAGGGUGAUUUAUAUCAGGUUUCAGGAAGUCACAAAACUGGGAAACUUGUUACUAUGCAAUUCCCUGUUUGUCCUCCGACUUGGAGUUGAAGUGCAAGUGAAGAUAAAUGUGGUGAAAUAUAUUUUUCUAGAUUGCCGCAUAUUCUUUCAUGUAUGCUAAAGACCACUGCCGCAUUUCAAGCCGUAUUUGUCAGAGGUACAUGCAAGGAGAGGUUAAAAUUUUGCGACGGAAAUUUGGUGCAGCUAAGCUUAAAUUAAUCGGACCGGGUUGAUAAUCUGAGGAAAACAAAGUGCUCACUGAAGUGCUUCUUCAACGGAUAGAACACUUGAUGGUCACCAAUUAUCAAUCAAAGCUGUGGGCUCGUUACGUCGAUGACACCGUUGCCAUUGUCAAAUCAUCCGACGUGAAGUCCCUCAAAGAAUUACGGAACUCGGUUGACCCCAAUAUUCAAUUCAAGAUGGAAGCUGAAACAAACAAUCAACAUCCAUUACUCGAUAUACUUGUGCGUCGGUGUGGAACUGGGCAAUCACAAAUUACCGUUUUAAGAAAAGCCAUCAACAAAGACAAAUACUACGUCUCAACAGCAAUCGCCCCCUCUCUCACAAACGCAGCCGUGUCCGUACUCUAUUUCAAAUAAGUGAAAUACACCAGCCGACAAAACAGUUGCAUGACAAUACGUUCAUGAACUCUUUCGAACCAAUGGAUACCCAAGCUACUUCAUCAAGCAAAGCAAGUGCCGAUCCAACAGACGACGGCCACAAAAAGAACAACCCGAAGUCUGAAGGACUACUCCUUACAUGAAAGUAGUCUCCGAGGCGGUUUCAUGACUGUUAUAACCCGCCAGGUUAGGCAUUGCCCAUCGUCGUCGUUUGAUGCAUCCUAAACACAUGCUGCCACCCACAGAAACUUCAGCAAUUGUCUAUCAAAUACGUUGUAACGAAGGAGACUGCAACUACGUUGGAGAAACUAGACGGAAAUUGCAACCGUCUACAUAAGCACAAACUGGCAACUCGGAGACUAGACUCAAACUCAUAGUUUGGCGACUUACGUCAGGGAAACUGGUCACAAUUUGGAUUUUCAAGGAACAGCCCUCUUAGGCUGGAGCACUUUAAGGGCAGGGCGUCUUACACUUGAGGCAUAGUACUCAGAUGCCGACUCUAUCAACAUGCAUCUAGACUUUCAUUCAGCCUAUAAAUUCUUACGUCAUUACCCACGCCUUGACGAAGACAAAACGCUCAUACGGAGCCUAAGACUACCGAGCAAACGCGGCCUGUCGACCAAUGCGUCCAAAAGGGGGACGCAAACGCAAGUAACUCCAGUUGAGGUGACGAUGCACAAUAGAGGAGACCACCAACACUUACAGGCGACGACCGGUAGGCCAAGGCAGCGAAAAAAGAACAAAAGUCGACCAGCCCAGCGCCAAAUAAUUCGGAUGUCCAUUAAAAAUUCUGAUCGAUUUUUCACUAUAUGCUUUAAUAAUGGAAAGCCGCCCCAGGUCUUCGAAACGUCAGCCAUGCAAGUCUCUCCAUUUUUUCAGGCUUACCAAUGUCAGGGCCUAAUUUUUAUGUUGGCGUGUGACACACAACGGGAAAGUUAUGUGCCCGAAAACUCACGCCUGCCAGAGGACAUUACUUUUGACUUAAAGAGGAUUUUUCUGGUCAAUGGGUAGGAAUCGAAUACGCGUCUGGUGUUAGAAUUUCGACUUGAAUUUAGCAUUUCGGGUCAGCAGUUUGGUAUGCUGGACGUAAAUCAGGGGCGUUAACGAGUGAAGACUGCUCCUUCAUUCUUCGCCGAAGGCCAUAUUGGCCACAAACUCUCUUCAACGGCGCGUAGAGGUUUCACAACAUGUCAGAUUUUACGCACUGGACGCAUUGUUCAGUUGUGACUUAUGUUCAGAUCGAGUGUUCAGGUUAUUCCACCAACUCGAUAAGUGUUGAAAACUACUCUGGUAAAGACAUACAUGUGCACUGAGAAAAGUAAACUAAGGUCUCUACUUUCCAUUUUGUCCUGGGUUUGGUUAUUUUCGUUAUUUCAAGUUGGUUUACGAUGAAAAGCGAACGCCAAAUUAAUUUUCUCGACUCCGUUUUCACCGAGGUUCUUAACCAGCCUAUUUGCGGUGUGGCCAUUAAGCUGAAGACAAAUGAAGGCUUUGCGCUGCCACAUAUACUGACAAAAUGAAAGUCUUCGGGAGAAUUCUUUUCCUCCAACUACUGCUCUGCUAAUUCGCAAGAUGCUUCAUAUGUUUGUGUGUGUGUUUCUUGAAUGCGCCCGUUAUCAAAUGCGUGGCCGUGGUCUGUCAACAUUUAUAAGACGACACAGUUCUUCAUAGAUUCAGAUAUGUACCUUCUGCUGCUCUGGGAGGCAUGGACUAUAUUGGUGUGGUUUAUACAACAGUUUCUGCACAGAGGAUAGAUGGUGUCUUUUUGGUUUCGUUUUCCUGUUAUUUAAGGAGCAAACUGCUGGCACCAACAGGGGAAGAGCCUCACUUAAGCGUUAGACUUAUUUUAAAUUGUACCAUUAUUAUAGUUCGGAUAUGACUAACUCCUGUUGUUGUAUAUUUUGUUCCCAACAGCGUCCUUGAACUUAUAAUCUGUGCCUGUUAACCAUAAUAAAAUUCAACGUUUAAUAUUUAGUUUUCACUUCCAGCAUCCUGGAUUAGAAGACAACACCUCCCACGAACGACUUUUCAAUGAAACUUUACACGUCUUACGUAUUCAACUGCCAUUUUUUUAGGGCAGCAAAGAGUUUUGCCUGGCGUAACCAUGGUAGGUUAGCCGUUAACGUACGUUUGUAAUUACUUCCUCAUCAAGGAAAAUUUCCCCCUCCCACUAGCACCGACGUACUGCCUCGACAAUCUUGACCACAGAGUGAUCUUUCAUCUGCAAGUUCACUUUUCCGAAAAAAAUUUAUCCCUAUCCUUCUUCUGCCUGAUCUUCUAAUCUUACUUGCCGACAACUAUUAGCCCGACUUUAAGAAGGAGUACUUUUGCUUUUAAAAGGUGUCCGAUCAGGCGAUGUUUUGAGAUCGUGAAAGUUCUACCCCUAAAUCAUGCUUUCCGUCCUUUUAUUAAUGCUGCUUGUAAGGCAUACAACAUGGCCUCAUACCACUGCAAAAUUUAACCAGCCCUAAACGAUAUCUUAUCAUCAUAUAUAAAUAUGUGAUUUUUCCCGCAGAUGAAAUAAGGACUUUGUAAUUUGGAAACCAUGAAUGCAAGUGUAACGUCAGAUUGGGUUCAAAUAUUUCGGAGACUGUACAGUUGUCUAAAUCCGAAAUAUGCACUACCUUUAAGUAUCAAAUUUAAAGAGCACGCAAUUUUCGGCCAAAUGGACAAAGAAAUGAAUAUUUUCGCGCAGUUUUCCUAAAUAUAUUUAAAUCUAUAAGCACAUCGAGAACAAAUUGGAAAAGUUCAUACGACGUUAAGUGGAUGUGUUAACUCAUAAAAUGUAAAUCGAAUUUUGGAGGAAGUUUAUUUAACUCGAAAAAAAUAACUUAAAUAUGAUUAUAAUAUUGGUCGCCAUGCAAAAUAAUCCCAUAAUAAUUUAGUUUCUUCGGGAUUCCGGUUUUAAAUGAACAAUCAUCCGGUCGCCUGCAAAAAACAAUCUGCUAAUAUUGGCUACUUAUUUAGUAUGAAUUUCUCGCGUUGGUUUUCAAUGGCGAAAUAAAUUCAAAUAUUUUUCAUUAAAAGUAUGCAUUAAAAUAUUCAUGCUUUUACUCCUUUGGUAGUAAAAUACGUCCUCUACUAAGACUAUACUUAUACUACGGGUAUAACUCGCCUUUGAAAAUCUUCCAUUCUCGAUUAAGUUUGAAGCGCAUUCGCCGUUCCCUUUGAAUUCGGGGUAGCAAAACUUAAAGCUAUAUAUUUUCUUUGUACGGAAAAUCAAAUAUUUCCCCACAAUAUUGGGAGAAGACUAUAUGUGGUUAAUGAAAUCUGACAGUGGAUAAGAGCCAAACUAUAAACUCUACAAGCAAAAUUAGUAAAUACAGAGAACAACAUUUCAUGGUCUGAAAAAUCUCAUAGUUCGAAACUUUUUGAAACUACAUUACACGAUUACUUUAAGAAAAAAAAUAAAAGACGUAAUUUUUCAAAAAAUGAGGAUUCCUUUACAUGCUUUCCAGGAAAUAUAAUCGGAUUUAUAAGAACAUCGAAAGUCGGUAGGAAAAGUUCGUACUUAAUAAAUAGUCGGUUUUUGCAGAAAGCAAUUUUUGCAGGCGGUUGCGAAAAAGUUUGUUCAAAAGCCGAAAUUCUGUGGUAAUUAAAGUAAUAAGAAAUGAUAUCGCAAGGCAAUUAUUAUUACAACAUUGCUUAAGCAAUCUUUGCGGAUCGAAAACGUAUUUCACAAUUUCGGUUAGCACACCUACUGUAAGCAGUCGUGAAUUUUUUGCAAGAAAAUCCUUCAUAAACCGACAUUCUGAUGUGAGUGAUGAAUCCUGCUAUUAUGCCGCGCGACUUUUAGUCUUAUGACCCUACUUAAGUAAUUUUUUCUUAUCAAAGAUACGUUUCGGGUUUUCGGUUAACGUUAAUGAGAGAGCACAUCUACUGUACCAACAUCAUGUGUUCUUUAGGGUGGGUAAAAGUAAAUUUUGGCGUGGAUUUUUAAACCCACUACCACACAUUUUCAGGCCCCUUUCAAUAACCCCAAACUUGCACUGCUACGCACAAGUCAGUCUAUCUGCCCUCUCACCGGAAAUCAGAGUCGCGCACGGUACGACCUAAUCAUCAUUGUUAAGAGUUCACCAGACAAUGCAGCACGCCGGUCUCAACUGCGCCAGCUGAUCAGCCGUCAAGCGGCCACGCUGGCCAGUCCUGUCGGGCUCCUCUUCAGCCUAGGCGUCCCGGCCGACACCGUCAGCCAAUCACGACUCCUGCAUGCCAUCAACGAUGAGGCCGACCGUUUUGAUGACAUCCUCCUGACCGACUUCAUGGACACCUACUAUAAUCUGACUCUGAAGACUCUGGCGAACCUGCGAUAUGCUCAUGUGGCCUGUCAGGGAGCCGCUCCGCUGGUCGCCUUCAUGGAUGAUGACCAUGGCCUCAAUUUGUCAGCUUUGCUCCCCUAUUUUCGCGCCUUCGAUGAGCGACAGCUGCGGCAAUCUGUAUUCGGCCACAUACACGGCACGCCAAAGGUCAUUCGCAGUCCAGAGCACAAGUGGGCUCUUACGAGAGGCGAUAUGCCCUUCUAUAUGUAUCCGGACUACGCCGCUGGUCCAUGCUACUUUAUCGGCGCGGAGGCUGUGGAAGCAAUUUCGAUAGCCGCAGUCUUCACCAAGCCGUUCUCCAUGGAGGACGCCUAUGUGGGCAUGACAGCGACGAAGCUGGGCAUCCACAUGCACCAGUUGCCAGGUGUAUACCUUCAUGGACCUAGAAAAGGAUUACUAUUACAACAGACGCCACUAGUAGCCUUGUUGAAAUACUUCGAGCAGCAUACGCCUUAG